AUGGCCUUGGUGCUUUUCCCACGCAUUGCCCUCUGUAUCAAUCAGGACAUCACAACUGUUGCUCAGCGCAGUAACAUACCUGACGACCAGAUGACUUCAAAGCCCCGCCACUGGCCAGAGAAUGUCCAGUUUAUUGACAAAUACCACUAUCACAAGUCCGUACCCCAAACUGUGCGUAGUUUCGUCCAAGGAGACCGUACUCGCCAAACAAAUGCUUCUCGACCACCGGUGGUCAUCCGAGCCAUUGCAUCCCCUUCGCACCCUGCAAACGGGCAGUUUGGCUUGUUUGCAGCCAAAAAAAUCCCCCCUGACACUCAUAUCAUGGAUUACAUCGGAGAAAUACAUUGCGACGAUCGCCCCAACUCUAACUACGACCUGUCUCUCUAUCGAUAUCCGGACGGCCUGAGUGUCGGCAUAGAUGCAAGUGUGGUAGGCAACGAGGCUCGAUUCAUCAACGAUUUUCGCGGAGUCCAGCCCAGGCCAAACGCCGUCUUCACAGAGAAGAGGAAUGGGGAUGGAGAAUUACGCAUGAGCAUAUGGAGUUCAAAGGAUGUAAUAAAACGGGGGGAUGAGGUUCUCGUGUCGUACGGCAAAGCGUGGUGGAGGGCACGAUCUGAUAAUGCGAAUAAUAUGGAGUAA